CAUUCUCCAGGCAUUCGGAAAUUGCAGCCAGGUCCAGGAUGCAAGGUCAACUUGUGAAGUUAAUUUGCGAAACCGCGGAGGACUACAGUGCCUUGAAACGUUUUUCCAUCUUUCAAGCGUGAGACUCGGGAUAGCCUCAUUGGUUGAGAGGUUUUCGGCUGUCCCCAGAAACGGCAUGUUCCUGUGGGCCAAGCCUGAGUUUGUAGAUUUGAAACGAUCUACACUGAAACUUUACGAAUGCGCAGGUCUGGAAAACAACGCAAGGCUGAGCUGCAACAUAAGCGUGCAGUCAAACGCGGUGAUGCACCCCAGCCUGAGAAACAACCGCGCAAGAAGAACUUCAGGAGACCUCCGAAGCUUGGCCAUUCACUUGAUGCCAGGGAAUUAGCAGAUGACGCCUCGAGGGCCGCGAGGAAGCUUCAAUCACAGUUUGUGAAGCUCGAUAACGACUUCCUGGAGACCACGAAGCAUUUGGCUGCCACCUUGCCCUUGACCCGGCCAAUCUCUGCUGACGUAUGCCUUCUCGGCAUAUUAGAUGCAGAUUAUCAACCAGGCAGCGAUCUCGAGAUCGAUCAGCUCAGUGUCCCGAGGAGACCCAAGUGGAAGUACACCAUGUCAAAAGAUGACGUAGAUGCCAACGAACAAGGUCACUUUCGCAAGUGGAUAACUCAAACAGAUGCCAUCGUGGAACGUUGGCAUCAUAAUCAAAAUAAUCAUCCAGUAGCAUCGUGCAAUGGUGCAGGGUCGACUGCCCAAGGUGUGCCUGAUACCACUCUACAAAGCAAAAUGCCAUGUCCUCCGACCCAUUUUGAGCGCAACCUCGAGGUUUGGAGACAACUCUGGCGAGUGACAGAAAUAUCUCAAAUCCUUCUUUGUCUUCUGGACUCCAGAUGUCCACCGCUCCACUUCCCACCUUCGCUCGAGUCCUAUUUGGUCACUCGAAAAGCAAAGAUCAUUCUCGUUCUCACAAAAGUCGAUAUUGCAGGUCCAGAACGAGCUGAAGCAUGGACUGCAUAUCUUCGGAAGCGGCACCCAGGCCUACCCAUCGUGCAAGUCGAGGCAUACCAACAGAAAGUGGGCGAACAAGGUCGUCCAGUCUAUGAAUCGCACCUCCCCCUUCCUUUCAGAGAACACUUGGUUAACGCGAUGCGACAAGUGCACGAAGAAAUGCUAAUUCCUCCCGAGCGAGUGCGCUCGGAUGAGGCCAAGCUAAAGCGCUGGAAUCCUCCGGUAAAGCGCGACAUUGAUUGGGAUGGCUUGCUGCAUGCCCAUGGCAAGAAAGUGGGGAGUAUCAUCGGAGGUGCAGCUGUGCCAAAGGGAAAGGGCAAAGAGGAGGAGACCGCAGAUGAUGCCCAAGAACCAGACCAGGAAGGCAGCGAUAAAGAGGGGCAAUUUGAAUGGCAGGAGCCAGAAUUUUUGACUGUCGGUUUGAUUGGUCAACCGAACGUUGGAAAGUCAUCCCUUCUCAACGCGCUGUUCGGAAUCCAUAAAGUUCGAGCAUCGCGGACUCCAGGGAAGACGAAGCAUUUUCAAACUCUUUUCUGGACCCCCGAUGUCCGUCUCGUUGAUUGUCCUGGGCUCGUGAUGCCCGCCUUCACACCAAUGGACACUCAGGUCCUCUGCGGAACUUUACCUAUCUCCCGUGUCUCUGCUAUACCAUUUUGUAUCCACCAAAUCGCACAACUUCUUCCGCUCGAGACUAUCCUCGGUCUCACAUAUCCUUCAGCGAACACCGCACUUGUUGAGGAUAAACGCACCUGGCGUGAUGGUAAGCAGCCUACAGCGAAGGACAACGGUGUGCGCUGGACAGCGACAGAGAUCAUGAUCGCAUACGCGAACAAGAAAGGCUGGGUUACCGCAAAGGCAGGGCGGCCAGAUAUACACCGUGCAGGCAACGCUAUUCUGAGGCUGGUCGCGGAGGGCAAGAUAUCGUGGGCAUUCUGGCCUCCGGGUACCGAUUUGACGGCUGUUAGAUCCAGUGGGGGAAAUGGGAUCUGGCUCACACGCGGUGCAGUUGAGCACGGCCAAACACUGGAUGAAGAUGAUGAGGUGGGAUCAGGCGAUGAAACAGAUGUUGAUGGAAUCGAAAGUUCUGCCAGUGAUGAAGAAAACAAUGAAGAAGGAACCCUGCCCGACGAAGAUGCCGAGUACCAGGAUGCAGACGUUAAGUCAAUCCCUUUUGGCCGCUUCGGUGUACUAGCGACAGAUGGUUGAUGGUCGGUUUUGUUAAUACGGUACUAUCAGUGAAUCACUUGUGAGGAAAUUAAAUUAUCCUGCCAAGCCCUGCAACGACAACGCUGUGCAUAAUGAUCAACAACUAUGUUCUGUCUCAGAUAUCUGACAGCUCAAUAUUAAUAUUGAAUACCGAUGACCGUAGACCAGUGUAGACCGCAGAGAUCAUGUA